GGUUUGUGUCACUCCAUCGCCGUGUUUUGUGAUCAGCCCACUGUCCGCCAGUGUUUGAUCCAUUUCAGCGAUUUCUUCCCGCUCAAAGCCAAUCUUGCUGCAGGGAGGAGCGACCGGAGUGCAGUUGAGCUGAGCCGAGCAUCACAACCCCCCUGCUUUCAAGGAAACGGCCAAACACAGCACUUUUUUUUUUGGACUUCCCAUAAUGUUUUAGCCUCCGUACAGCACGCGUCUCUAAUAAGAGGAAAUAUAUUUAUUCGAUGUGAACCCUCACGGAAGCCGUUUGCCUUUGAGAAGCUGGGACACAAGGGAGACCCCCCCAAUUGUUUCCUGCGCCAAGAACUGUAAAGACAUGGUCAUUACACCGCAUCUGUGAUGAACAGCAAGCAGUGAGUGUGAGAACGUGUCAGAGGAUGUUUCUGAUCUGCGGGGCCCAGUGCUGAGGGAGGUCCACGGAGCCAACCGGUGCCCACCAUGUCUCACCACCAACACUACCAGCGAGGCCCCCACGGCCGCACCAUGAGCUCUGAGGAGAGGAGCUCCACGCCAGUCAACAAGACCUCCACACCGGUUCACAAGAGCGCCUCCUCCUCUUCCUCUUCCCAGCGCGACAGCCGACAGGAGGCAGACAGCUGGGAAAUCAUUGAGGGGCUGAAAAUUGGUCAGAGCAACGUCCAGAGGCCUGAUAAACACGAGGGUUUUAUGUUGAAGAAGCGGAAAUGGCCCCUGAAAGGCUGGCACAAGCGUUUUUUUGUUCUGGACAAUGGUAUCCUGAAGUACUCCAAGUCCCCCAUUGAUAUCCAAAAAGGCAAACUUCAUGGCAGCAUCGACGUCGGCCUCUCAGUCAUGUCCAUCAAGAAGAGGGCCCGUCGCAUCGACCUGGACACUGAGGAGCAUAUCUAUCACCUGAAGGUCAAAUCUCAAGACAUCUUUGAUGCCUGGGUGUCCAAGUUGCGUCAUCACCGGCUUUACCGACAGAACGAGAUUGUGCGAUCUCCCCGGGAGCCCACUGUGCGAACAUUUCCUCCCCCAGCUGCCAUUGAGUCCCCCCAACCUGCCUCGAGUGUUGUACGUGAACCCAAGCAGGCCAAGCCAAGCAGCUUGCCGUGGCAGCCGGUGGCCCCCAGUAGCAGCAGCAACAACAGCCUGCCUGCCUCCUACAGUAACGGCCAGAGCAAGGUGGUUGCUUGGCUGCAGGAAUCAGAGGAGAUGGACAAGUGCGCAGAGGAGCUUGCACGAUGCCAGUCCAACCUGACUGAGCUGAGCCGGUUAUUGCAGAGUCUGGAGAUUCUACAAAGGACACAGUCAGCACCCAACUUCACAGAUAUGCAGACCAGUUGUGUAGAAUUGUCAAAGAAAGAAAAGCGCUUGAACAGAAGAUGGAGAACAAAAAGUGUCGGCAAAGAUGCAAAAUUCCAGCUUCAGGUCCCUCUGUCUGCUAGCAUGUCCCCUGUCCGCCUCCACUCAUCCAACCCCAACCUGUGUGCCGAGCUGGUGGACUUUCAGCCCCCUGUCUCCCGGCUGACUGACAGCGUAGAGUGCACCAGUGACUACAUUAAACUUCAGGAUGAAUUCUGCACCAUCGCCCAGAAAGUCCACUCUCUGCUGAAGUCGGCCUUCAACACAGUGGCCAUAGAGAAAGAAAAGAUCAAACAGAUUCUGUCUGACCAGGAACAGUCAGACCAGUCAGCCCAGAUCAACUCUCUCAGGAAGUCUCUGUCACAGGCCCUGUCCCAAAACGCAGAACUUCGAACCCGACUCAGCCGCAUCCACUCUGAAUCUGUCCUGACUGAACAAGUUGUCAGUGUGAACAUCAUCUCCACGCCUGAUGAGGCUGGGGAACAGAUGGGGAUCCCUCUGACCCAGCAGGCCUCUAAUGAGAGCCGACUCUCGAUGUCGGAGUCUGUCUCUGAGUUCUUUGAUGCCCAGGAAGUGCUUCUGUCGGCCAGCUCGUCGGAGAAUGAGGGCUCAGACGAUGAGUCAUAUGUCAGCGAUGUGAGCGAUAACAUUUCAGAGGACAACGCCAGUGUGACUGAUAACGUCUCCAGACAAAUGGCCAACGGAGACUUUGCUGGCAGUGCCUUCCGUAACGGGCGGCGCACCUGCCUGCCGGCGCCGUGUCCUGACACCAGCAACAUCAACCUCUGGAACAUCUUGAGAAACAACAUCGGCAAGGACCUGUCCAAAGUGUCCAUGCCUGUGGAGCUCAACGAGCCCCUCAACACCCUGCAGCGUAUGUGUGAAGAGCUGGAGUACAGCGAGCUGCUGGACAAGGCUGCUGAGACCGAGGAUCCCUUUGAGCGCAUGGUUCUCGUUGCUGCUUUUGCCGUCUCAGGCUACUCAUCCACUUACUACAGAGCAGGAAGUAAGCCAUUCAACCCGCUACUCGGAGAGACUUAUGAAUGUAUUCGGGAAGACAAGGGCUUCUGUUUUUUCUCGGAGCAGGUGAGCCACCACCCUCCCAUCUCCGCCUGCCUUGGUGAGUCUAAGAACUUCACCUUCUGGCAAGAUGUGAGAUGGAAAAACAAGUUCUGGGGAAAAUCGAUGGAGAUUUUACCAAUCGGGACCGUAAAUCUCAUGAUUCCCAGGUUUGGAGAUCACUAUGAAUGGAACAAAGUCACCACCUGUGUACACAACAUCCUCAGUGGACGGCGGUGGAUCGAACACUACGGGGAGAUCACCAUCAGAAACACAAAGAGCAGCGCUUGCCUCUGCAAACUCACCUUCGUCAAGGGAAACUACUGGAGUUCUAAUGUGAAUGAGGUUCAAGGAUUUGUGAUGGAUCAAGAAGGGAAAGUGAUACACAGGCUCUUUGGAAAGUGGCACGAGGGCCUUUACUGUGGUGUCCCACCUUCUGCCAAAUGCAUCUGGAGGCCAGGCUCCAUGCCCACAGACUAUGAGCUGUACUAUGGCUUCACCAGGUUCGCCAUUGAACUGAAUGAGCUUUGCCCGGAGUUGAAAGAUGUUCUGCCCCGUACAGAUGCCCGAUUCAGGCCCGAUCAAAGGCAUCUGGAGGAGGGGAACUUGGAGAUGGCAUCCUCAGAGAAGCAGCGUAUUGAGGACCUGCAGAGAACCAGGAGGAAGUGGAAAGAGGAGAACGACGUCAAACAGGAGCCACGCUUCUUCAAGAAAGUGGUUGAUGGCCAUCACAGGGAGAGGUGGGUCUCCAACAACACGUACUGGGAGCUGCGCAAAAACCCCGGCUUCAUCAAUAUGGAAUCUACAGUGAACCUGUGGUAGCACAUGGAUUGCCAUGUCCGUCAUAUCUGUCAUUGCAGACAAGAAGGCCAUUACCUAUGCACAAUAAGGUGUUAAGAGAAACAUGAUAUUGAUAAAACGUCUGUGUGCAUGGACUGCAGAGCUGGGGGAUGGCCUGAUGCCCAGCAACCCUGUCGAGGUUCUGUGGCACUGCCACACGGUCAUCCAUCCAUGGAAACAUCCUGUAGGAUCACCUUCAUCGUGCUUGUGGAAGCUGGGUUGUCAGGGCAACAAUCGUACCACUCCUAUGUAGAUCUUUCCUCAGCUUCUUUGACUUCUGAGUAUGUCCUUGCCUUAAAAAGACACCCGAACAAGUCACACAAUUUAGCGCUUUUUAGUUGAAGCCAUUUGAUUUCUGACAGCAGUUUGGGUUAGACUAGUCUAUGAAGUAGACCUUUUGAUUACCUACAAUACCGUGCAUGUUUAGAGAGCAGCUUUCACUGGCAUAAAGCCGUAUUUACUAUAUCAUCAAUUAUUGUAGAAAAAAAGAGGUAUUUUUAUAAAAUAUCUUGGACUCAGAAUUUAGUGAAAUAGCAUUAUGUGAAUUGGCAGAUUUUAUUUAUUUUUGCCUUUUAAUACUGUUGAAUCUAAGCAGUACUCCUUCUGGGGAAGCAACUCAUUUAAAAUUAAUCUCGACUGCAGUAGAGGAAGUACGGCGUCCAUAGAUGGAAUUUUUAAUAAAUAUUUUCAAACGGGGGCUCUCACAGCUGAUCAUGUGGUGGAAGGAGAAGUAGGAUUAAAAACGUAAAUCCGAAUCUGGUGUUUUGGACAUGCAAUGCAGGACACACCUACAACCUUUUACAGAUGUGGGUUUUUUUUAUGUCAACACCGAUUUGUCAUGGAGUUCAGUUUCUCCUCACAGUGGCAUUCUGUGUAAAUAGAGGAACAACCUCACCAGCCCUCACCCUCCCCUGCCUCCAGGAAACCAGCUCCUCUGAAUCACAUGGUUACAUAAAUACACAUAUAACUCCCUCCAUAUAUAGUGGGCACACAUUCAGCCUGUCCCCCUCUCUGAAUGUGGUGCAGAAACAGUGAAACAUAUUUUUAAAAGAUCAAAAAUUAUUUAACUAACAAAUUAUUUAUUUUCUGUCAAAAUUAGUGACAAAAAAUUCAUAUCCUUGUUCUGACUAACAACCAAAAAUGUUAAUUUAAAAUUAUAUGAAACAAAGUAGUAACUUUUCCCAUUUGUGAAACUAUUAACCAGCAACUGCUUGCUGUUUUUCUUCAUAAAUUACCUGCAUUAUUAAUCAAUCAUCAAAACAGGAAUACAUUUUGUUUGUAUUAAUUAAUGAAUCAGUUUAUUAUGUCAGCACUUUAUGACUCAUUCAGCCAAAAGCAAACAUUUAGUCCAUUAUGAAACACCAGAGCCACCUACAGGUCAUCCCAUGAAAAUGCAGUUUCAGGAAACUACAGGUGAACAACAUGAAAAACAGAAUCUGCUCUUUUUUCCUUAAAUGUUUUAGAUGUUAAAGCCAAACAAGUUUGUACAGUAACAAGAAUCAAAGCUGAUAUUUUAAUGUGUCUGAUUCCCCAGAGACUUUACUGCUAUGAUCUGGGCUUCUGCAAAGCACCAGUUACUUAUUUACUAUUUGUGUAUUUAUUGCAAAGCAGAUUAGCUUUAAUGUUUUAACUAGUGUCCCCCUAUUGUGUUACAGAGUAAGAAAAUAUAACACACACAAGUAGUCACACAGUGUCCUCAUGUAUGAGCACAUUUCAGUUGAUUCCCGUCAUUCAGGACUGCAGGGUGAGGACACCGAAGGAGAAAAAGAAUGAAUAUAAAUAUGUAGAAUGAAAACUAUGUGAAGCAAAUCCAUUUUGUGUGCACUGUUCAUAUGGUACUGUAGAUUACAAACCAAAAAGGUAGUACUGCUUUGGAUCCAUAUCUUUUUUUUUUUUUUUUUUUACUGUACUUUUGUGCUUUUAAUUUUUUAUCCCUGAUCACAAACUCAAUGCUACAACUCAUCAGCGUCAGUUUCACUUGCUGUGCCUUAAUGCAUUUAUUAAUGCCUCACAAACACACUACUGAUAAGAAUCCCCCUGCCAAGAAGGUAUGCCAUUAACAAGUCAACACAUUAUCCGGUCUCCACCUGCCUACAGAUGAUAAACUAUAUUAAUGGGACGGCGUUUAGGAUUUAGCUGUGGACAAAUUGUCUUGGCUUCAAUUUUUAAGGGAGAUGUCUUUGACAUUAGAUGAGGAAAAAAAGGUUUAUUUGACUGUAAAAUGCUUGCAAAUGUUCUGCACUGCUCUGCUACUCCAACAUUUUUGGCGAUCACUGUAAAUACAGCACAUUUAGAAAAUGAGUCACUACUGCAAAAGCUGAUUUCUUUUUUCCUCCUACAUCAGUAAUUUUUUGUGUGUGGAGGGAGGGGCAAUGCUUUGCCUAGUUUUUGGUAUCAUAAUCAGCCUGUAGUGAAAAAAAAACAAAAAAACAUCAAAACCUCAUGCUUUCUUCAUCCAUCGUUCUACCUGCAUGUCUAGACAACUUAGCCUGCCAAUGAAUGUUGCAGAUGCCUUACCAAAAAAAGGUUUUUGUUUUCUCAAUUGGACGUCUUGUGUUUUUGCUUUGGACUGACAUGUAUCACGAAGCACUGUGUCAGCUCAGUUUCAAGUUUCAAAUCUAUUCCCUAAUGGGUACCUUCUAAAGUGCAAUUUUAACAAAGUACAUAUCUUUCCAUGAACACUGUACACUGCUGCUACAUAGUGCUUGUUUUAAUAAAACUGUAAAACUCAA